AUGGAAACAGAUCUCUUGUCCUCACACGCCCAAGAUCCAUUAACAUACGAUUCCAUUGAAAAGGUCCAUCAUAGUGAUAAGAGGAAAAUCAUCAUUCUUGGCUUACUUUCCUUGAUUUUUGUGGUCUCAUUGAUUGUUGCUGGAAUUAUUUACAGAGCGCGUAGUCAUAGAGCUGCCGCUAACACUAUCAGAAGAAUUGCGCCAUCAGAAGCUAGUUUCCUCUAUUUGAACGAUAUUCAUGCUGACCCAUUAUAUUCACCAAUUAUUCCUUCUAAACAUGACUGCCGUGGAGAUCAUAAGAAGACUAUUGAUCCUCACAAGUAUGGACAGUACGAAUGCGAUUCCCCAAUGGAACUCUUCGAAUCUCUUGUUUCAAAUGCCAAACAAACAAAUGAAAAGCCCGCAUUCAUUUUGCUUGGUGGAGAUUUAAUUGCCCAUGGAUUAAAUACAGAUUCUAAGAUGCUCAAGCAAAGUUUCAAAAAUGUCACAGCUCCUUUAGAAGCAGCGUUCCCUAACACUAGCAUCUAUAUUACUUUAGGAAAUAAUGACUUUGCAUCAGAUUACGGAUCAUUUGACACUGAUGCCGACAAUUUCAAGACAGCUUACAAAGUUUUCGGUAAAUGGAUGAAUGACGAGCAAUCCAAGACAUUCUUGAAGGGUGGAUAUUAUUAUGCUGACUUCCCAGAAGUCAAUUUAAGAUUUUUGUUCCUUAAUUCAGUAAUGUACGCUGCAAAGAGAGAUCAGACUCAACAUGCUGAAGAUCCAUAUGAUCAAUUUGCAUGGAUCGAAUCUUCAUACGAUGAUGCCGUUCAAAAAGGCUUCAAAGUCAGUGUUGCUUUGCAUAUUCCACCAGGCGUAUAUUAUUACAAGAACAAACUCGGUUGGAAUGAAGAUUACAUCACGAAAUUCUCCAAGAUCAUGAAGAAAUGUGAUUUCUCGUUCAUUCUUUCCGGACAUUCUCAUACAGAUAUGUUUCUUCCUUUGUAUUCUCCAACAGCUGAUAAGGAUAGUGUCCUUUAUUCAUUAAGUGCUCCAUCAGUAUCUCCUGUUAACUAUAACAACCCUGGUUACAGAGUAUUCGAAUUAUCUAACGGCAUUGUAAAGGAUUAUACACAAUACUAUGCAGAUCUCUUGAUGAAUCCUUCUGUUCUCAAGUGGCAGGUUGAAUAUAAGUUCUCAGAUGCUUAUUCAGCAUCAAAUGUCACAAGAGAAACGAUCAACAAUGCUGCAGAAUGGGUAAGAACAACAGGAGAAGGACAGUGGAGAUACAGAGAGAGAAUUUAUACUAGAGCUGAUGAGCACAAUGCUUUCUAUUAUUGUGCACUCAAAGCAUUGUUGCCAGAUGAUAUUGUUGAUUGCGAGAAUAAGCUUAAUAUUGAUAAGCUUAGCGCUCAGCCAUACUACAAAAAAGCGGACUUUCUAAUUUGA